AUGCAGAGUUUGCGCACCUUCGGCUUGUCGGUGAUGGGCUUGGCGAUGGUAUCGUGGGGUGCCCUGGCCUUCACGCCCGUCCUCAGAACGGGAGGAGGCCACCUGCCGCAUCUCCGAGGAGCGAGCCAAGCAAAGAGCGCGGGGUUGUCAUACAUGGGCGGCACAGCAACCACGGUCCUCGCAACCAGCUUGCUCACGCUGGGCACUUUGGUGGCCCGUUCCAAGACUGCUCGUGCUGCCGUCCUUGAGAAAGACAGUGCUGGCAGGUUUCGCUUUGCAACCUCUGCGGGGUCUGCAGCUGCAGUGUCGGGAUCAACGGAAUUGGUGUUUGCUGAACAGCCUGGUGUAAGUCAGCCUUGGGGAUUCUAUGAUCCCUUGAACUUUUGCAAGAGUGGGCUGAUGACGUUUCCGAACCAGGAUGACCCCACUGGCUUCCAGCACCUCCGAAAUGCCGAACUGAAGCACGGACGCUUUGCAAUGAUGGCUGCCACCGGCUCUUUGUUUGCCUGCUACGUGAAGUUCCCGGGGUUUGAGAACGUGCCGAGUGGUUUUGCAGCCCUCAACACCGCCAAGGGUGCGGAGGGCUUUGCUCUGCUUGUAGCUCUGAUCGCUGCGCAUGAGAUUGCAACCUGGAGCCUGGACGAAGAGCCCGCGAGCUACGCUGGCCUUCGGGAUUCAACGCCUGAGUUGGUGACGAAGGAGCUCAACAACGGGCGCCUGGCAAUGUUUGCUUUCGCAGGGCAGAUUUCUGCAGAGAUGCUCACCGGACAAGACCCCUUGCAGCAGUUCCUGGCAUGGGCCUACAGCUAUCCCAAAUUUGUUUAA